ACCAUCCACAUUUGCUGACGUUUUGUUGUUGCUGUCAAAAUUCGUUCGCACUCUCUGGAAGGGAAAACAAAAUCUCGAAGCACCUUCGCCAGGCUCAAAGUAUAAAACACAAAUUAUCAUUCGGAAACAACCGGAAAAGUUCCAGUUUUAACGUUCCAAUUGUCAAUCCCGCCAACCCUCAACGGACCUGUGCAAAAAUGGUGUUCGCCAAAUCGUGGGAAGACUUUGAAAUCGCUGCCGAAAACAUGUACAUCGCCAACCCGUGCCAGUGCCGUUUCACGAUGAAGUAUACGCACUCGAAGAACGCAGUGGUGCUCAAGCUGACCGACAAUGCCAAGUGUGUGCAGUUCAAAACCGAGGUCCUGUCGGAUCUGAAGCGAAUCGAAAAGUUCACCGGCAAUCUGAUGUGGCUGAUGGCGUCCAAGGAGUGACGUGUUUCUAGUUCUUUUAUACGGAUAGGUUCAUGUAAUAUAAGGCUAACGAAAAACUGCUAAUAAUAAAUUGUUCUU